CCAGAUCUUGGAGAGGAUGGUCGGAGAUCGUGUGUGCGUCACCAGGCCCGAGGAGGACCGCAGGAGAAGAACAAUCAUCGUCGAGAAGGAGAAUGGCUCGUUCGGGUUCACGAUACAGAGCUAUGGCAUUCACUACAAGAAGGACGGCGAAAUUGAAGUCAUUACGUACGUGGACUUUGUCGAGUAUGCCGGUCCUGCGUUUCGGGCUGGCAUGCGCGAAGGUGAUGUUAUUCUCUCGAUCAAUGGCCAUGACAUGGAGAAGGCCGACCACAAGGCUCUAGUCAACUUCAUCCAGGGCUGCGGGGACAGGAUGCGUAUGGUGGUGCUGUUCGAAGAUUGUGUGCACAAGGUGGAACUGCACAUGCGAUACAUCCAGCUGCAACGUCUCCUGCAGGAGAAGAUGUCUGACCUGGAGCGGUUGUGUCACCAGGAGAAGUCCUUGCUGGCUGGUAAGUUGGCGUCAUCCCCUGUGCGUCACGCCUUCAACAUCGCCCACGCCCGCCUGCUGGACUGGUUGAGGGCGCAGCGCCGGCUUCUCCCGCCCGAACGGGACCUCACCUGCCUCAUCCCGACCUCACUUUCCACCUCCACCUCCACCAUCCACAACCUGUCUGCUGCUGCCCACCAUCCACACACCACCACUACUACCCCCCGGCAUCACCCGGGUGCCUCACACUCACACAAGCACCCAGCCACCGUCACCAUGCACGGCCACAUUCACCACACCACUCCCACCUCCCUUUCUUGCAGGGAUGACGUCCCUCGUCUCGAAGACCUCGGCAGAGCGUACACGCGAAGAAUGUCGGGUAGAAUGUCGCCGCAAGUCCAUGACAAUAAGAACCAGCUGACGACUGGGGAAAUAAAGAACGAGAGUAGGAGGACGGAUGAGAUCGGUGCUCUGUAUUCUCCGUCUUGUAAAGUGAUAAAUGCGAAUAUUUUUCAACAUCAGGAAAAUCAGGGUAAUGUACAGGGCUUCAUGGGGUGGGAUGCGAAUAUUUACUCAGACGGCAGUAUAGAUUCUCACCUUAUUUACGGUUCAAAUGCGAAUAACAGAAUGUCUUGGGGUAUGAACACCUUCCACGCAAAUCAGACUAACGAAUACCAUAGUUUGCCAUGUUCUGGGAGGACUUCUUAUCCUCCUUUGCCAACUAGUUGCAAUGAUCCUCUGUGCAAUGCAAACCACUCGCCGGGGUUUGCUGUUCAGAAGAGACAACAGGAAGGCGGUGGGGUUACCAUGCAGGACGGGGAGGGUAAAGCUUUCCAGAGCCACCGUCGAGCUCUCAGUGCCGAGGCUUGGAGGUGGCCGAGGGACAGAGACAACUGGCACGAGAUGCAAAAAAGCAGGAACGAGUCUGUGACACCGUUUUCCACAUUCUUAGGUCUUGAUGCGGUUUCUAAAGAGGGGAAUGUGAUCAUAAAGUCAAAGGGGAGUUACCAAAAAAGGGGAAGUUUACAUAGGAAGGACAGCUUUAAGAAAGAGCAAAUUAUGCAAAACAGUCGCACUGGGAGGGAUCCAGAUAUGCUGAAGAAGAAAGCGGAGGAUGAUCCUAGGAGGGGUAAAGCCGAAUACAAAAUGAGCCGGGCAUCAUCUGUCUCCUGUAUGCCAAAUGAUCAGUGCCUCAUGUAUGACUCGGUUAUAAAAGAGCUCAAAAGUUCCGUGACUCAGGAACCUCAGAACGGAGAGGGACCGAAGUCUCCCUUCGAGAAAAUGAGUCUUAGUGGCUUAGAAGAAUAUGACCGUAGUCCUAAGCAUACAUCAAGCCUAAAGGGACCCACAGAAUUCAACUUCAGCAGUUCUAGUUUGCCACACAGAAAGGGCUCUAAAACGAGAAAGAAAAAAGAUGCGCUACAUCCCAAGAAAUGCAGUUCUUUAGACGAAGACAAACUGACUAGUAUAUUUGGAUCGGAUGAUAAUCAGAAAAUUGAGUAUGGUCUUGAGGAUAACAUAGAUUCUUGUUCUGAGAUUUCAUCACAUGUACGAUCAUCAGACCUCCAUAUGCACCCAUUUCUGUCUCUGCCGUUUGCAUCUGCAAGAUUUGCGCCUUCUCCCUCGGAGAGUCAUCCUCACAUGGUGCGAGGGGGCUCCUUCCAUGCGCCUUACAGAUCUCGGCAGAACUCAGAGGAGAGACCAAGGAGCCUCUCAAGAUCCAAAAAAUCUCAGGUUUCUUCGAGCACUUCAUGGGAGUCUACUAAAAACACGCACAAGCAGAGGUCCUGCACCUCUCUAUGUGAGGGUUCUGGGGAGAAAAUUAGGGACAGUACAAAUAAGAAGAGUGUACCACCAAUAUCGCGAUCGGAGUCGCUCAGAUCUUCCCGUGGCUCUUCCACGCCCUUUAUCACGAGAGAAUGUAUAAAAGGUUCCUGCACUCAUAGCACGAAGCCAAGGCAGUCGAAUCGCAUUCCUUUCAAAAUAGGUCAUGGUGGGGAAAAUAAGCAGGAAAUCAUAGAUGGAUCUGAUUCUUAUAUAAUGAGCCGAAUUGUAGGUGGCUACAUGAAAGAUGAUAAUGUUGGUAAGGAAAAUUUAUCCAAAAGUGGAAGUCCUGCAGCCUGGAAAAAAUCAUGGAGGGACGAUAGGCAGAGAACCCAUCCUCCAGUAAAUGAAAUGUUCUCAAAGAAACCAGAAUGGAAUAGCUGCCAUACCGAGAAAAAUAAGCGUAGAAAUGCAAGUCUCUCUCGAAGGGAUGUAGGUCACAAAGAAGUAGAGCGUGAAUCCGAAGCAAGAGGUUGCAUGGGUACAAACUGGAUGUUCCCAUCGCCAAAGAACGAUGAAACAAGAUCAUGGCAGACGUCGCGUAAAGCCUCAUCCAAGUCUCUGCCUAAACAGAAGUCUUGGCAUGCGCGACAAGAGCCAUCCUUACAUCACCAGCCUCACAAUCGGGAGCACCAGCAGCACCAUGAACGUAAAACUAGACCAAAUUCAUUAUACUCCUGGACUGGAAGUUGUGAAGGUAUCAGUUCUGCAACAGAUCACUCUGGAAGGACUGUAGUUUCCGCACGCUCUCGGUCACUUUGCACUGAUUCACUCGUUACUCCAGCACGCGAAGUAAAUAAUUCUGCAGGAGAUGUCUAUCGCUUUGCUCCAGCCCCACAGGAGCCAAGGCUACGUUCAGAUUCUAUGGAAGCACGCUGGUCCUCAGACAACUCCCUAGAGGAUCGACCACCCGACCGUCGAGGUGCUACCACUAACUAUGAUAGUCUAUACUCAGAGAUAUCCAGUGAGUCAUCUGUAUAUGGCACACCUCAACCUAGGGACUGUCUUGUACCUCGAGAAGACAGAGGUGUCUUGUCAGAUGAUGAAGCUUCUGUUGACCUUGAUGCUACUCCUCGCACCCGGAGGAAUGUUGCCCCACGUCGACGGAAGUCUCAAGGGUGCAGAUCAAGUGACGACGUACCAAGGGCAGUCAGAGCAGUGGGGGAGAGGAAUGCCUUUACCCCUCCUGCAACAUCAUACCCAUCAUCCUCAUGGCCUGGCAUGUCUACCAGAAUGUCCUCCCCUGCCUCUAGUUCCCCAAGUGGUGAAUGGUUCCAGGCUGCAGAGGUGAGCCGGACAGUGGGGGCACUGGCUGACUCCCUUACCGCAUACCGUGCCAACCUUGUUUAAAUAAAUGAUUAUUGGUGUUUUUCUUUAUAUAUAUCUAUUUCAGCCUCACUAGGAUUUCAUGUUUUCUAUGUUUUUGAAAUCUGUUCCCUUAAUCCUAGCACAGCCUAAUGCAGUGGCAAUUUAUUUAUAAGAGAGAGUUCCUGUUAGUGUAUAUGAUUUAUUUAACCUAUCAUGAGCAUGUUAAUGUUUUAAGCAUGUUUUCCUAUAUGGAAUAUAAUAGAUGACCUGAUACUGUAGCUCUAGCAUGAAGCACAAUGAUUUAAACCAUUCCAUUAUUGUCUCUGAUUUAAAGUUUGAAAGAUUAUAAAGCCUAUUAUCAAUAUACUUGUACCUUUCACUGUAAAUAUGAUAGUGCACUCCCUAGCUUUGAGAUACUUACUAUAAUUCAUGAGAUUGGCAAAUUUUCAGUUUCUCAGGAGAUUUACUAUGAACACCUAUGUGAACUUAUUCAUAGUUCAUUGUGGUUAUUUAUAGUUACCAGUUUUAAAGCUCAAAAUAAUAGUAAAUCUCCUGAUUAUGUUAAAUGCUUUGACUGCAGACUGUUUGGUGUCACUGUGACAAACUUGCCUUUAAUCACACUUCUCUGUAGUUCUUACCUACUUGCCAUCAGUUGGACUGAAUCUACAGUGAUGCUGUGUUUAUGGCCACAGUCAUGAUGAGAGCAUUCAGAUCUCAGUACAUCCUAGCACAUCCUCCAUCUGAGAUUGACGCUUCAUUGCCUGGUAUGGUGGUUUCUU